CCUCCUCCAUGUGGAGAUGAGGAGGAGUCCAGCUCCUGGACAUAAACGCCCGACCAGAGACGGCGGGAGGAACCUCAUCUCCACUGGACUGUCAGGAGACGCUGAGAGCAAACAGCUAAGAAAAUGGCAGACCUAAGUUUUCAGGAGGAGUUCCUCGAGAGCCACAACGCCUACAGGGCAGCACACGGCGCGCCGCCGCUGACCCUGAGCGACUCACUGACGGCCUCGGCUCAGAGGUGGGCCGACUACCUGUUGCAGCUGGGCCAGAUGCAGCACAGCAACAUGGGCACCGGAGAGAACAUUUACUGCAAGUGGGGCUCCUCGUCUGAGGCUCUAACAGGGAGAGAAGCCGUGGACAAAUGGUACAGCGAGAUCAAGGACUACGACUAUAGAUAUCCUGGAUUCAGAUACAACACCGGUCACUUCACUCAGGUGGUGUGGAGGUCCAGCACUGACCUGGGCGUGGGCGUGGCCACCGAUGGCCACAGGGUCUUUGUGGUGGGCCAGUACCUCCCACCUGGCAACUACAGCAACCGCUUUGAGGACAACGUUCGCCCAAAAGGAGAAGAACUGGUGGGUGAUCAGGAGUCUGCUGAAGAGAAUGAAGAGGAACAACAAGAUGAAGAGGAAUGUGAUGGUGAAGAGGAAUGUGAAGAUGAAGAGGAAUGUGAAGAUGAAGAGGAAUGUGAAGAUGAAGAGGAAUAUGAAGAUGAAGAGGAAUGUGAAGAUGAAGAGUAAAGUUAAGUUGUACCUGGAGCCUGUAUAUACCUUGUUCCUCACCAUGGAGAACACCCCAAAGUGCCAAUCCUGAAAUAUUACAAGCAACUUGAGAUCUAAACAAGUUGUUCAGCUGGUUGAGUUGCCUAAAGUGCAGCCUCCACCUCUGUUCCACUUCAAUUUUUGUGUGGAAAAGUUGAUGAACACAGAUUGUGAGGAUUAGAUUUGGGCUCCAUUGACACGACACAUUUUGAGUGAAAGUGCAUCGUUUUUGCCGUUGACACAACCGCAGAGCCCGAGCGUCUUUGAAAAAGUUUCCACCUUAAGAGUCGUUCAAAAACCAGCUCCAAGCACCAUUGAACAUUGACAGUAUAAGCAUUUUGACCUGAAAUUGGUGUCUUUAACUUCUUUCUAUGGUUGAGAGAGAAGCGCUUUGGGAAUAGGAUGUUGCUUUUACUGCCUGUCACUUACCCACAGAGUCUGUGGGAAUUUUUAAAUCCCUGCUGAAAACCCACCUCUUUUCUUUGGCCUUCAGCUACGUUUUACCUUGUCUUUAGUCUCUUGUGUUCGAGUUCAAGAUGUGUUUUAAUGAUUGUCUAUUAAUUUUGUCUUUUCACCUUUUAUGAUUGCUUUUAUUCUUUGCACUUUUGUGAAGCACUUUAGCACGGCUAUACUGUUUGUAAAUGUGCUAUAUAAAUAAAUUUGACUUGACUUACGUGAACCAUGUCAGUGCCUUUCUAGACACAGAGGUGCUUGUUUUUCACUGUCCUACAUUUUCGAUUAACUGAUUGACCUUUUCUGAAUCAUGGCUUUUUGAAAUAAACACUUUCUGCUUGUACAUCAUCA